UGCAACUUCCUCCUUCUUUAAAAAUAAGUAGCACUUGCAAGUUAUCUGCAAUUAUCAGUGUGUCCCAAAUACUCAUUGAAACCGUGAUUGAUACCUAUGAUAACACAUGAAAAUUUUUGUCUCAUCGUGUCUUGAUUCAUCCCUUGGCCUCAACCACCGCCCAAAUUGUUACCCCCUGACCCCGAAAAUCCAUGUGUCCUUGUACCACUGCAUCAAUAUCCCGAAUUCACCCUUGCGUGCGCGACUCUCCUAAAUAUGGAAUGGCCCCGGAGUCAACAGGCCAGGUUGAACAGUCUGUCAUCAUGCAGUGAUAAUUUUCCUGUUGGCAUGGUUCUGGUGCAAUCUAAUUCUCGGCAAGCUCUUGGUUUUUGCAAAGUAUCCCUCAUUCCAAAUCUAAAAGAUGCAUGUUUUGUAGAGUCUGUUAUAGUUCAUCCUCAAAACCGUGGAGAGGGGCUGGGAUCACUACUAAUGAAGAAGUUAGAAGAGUACGUUAUCAGCCGCAACCUUCACAUUGUUUAUUUAUCAACUUUGGGUCAAGAAAAAUUCUAUAAGAAAUUAGGAUACAAUGAAUGUGAACCAGUGUCAUUAUAUUCAUUUGGGCUUCGGUCAAUUUCCUCAGGGCCAAAAGAUAGCAAAACAAAAAAUAUGGAAACAGAGACUUGCAGGACAAUGAUUGACAGAAAAAUUGCUGAGGUUAACAAAGAGAUGAAAUGUCUUCUAACAGGUCCACCACCACCUCCUCCACCACUUCCAAAACAACCAAUAGGUCAUAAUGUAAUGUCAGUCAAAACAUACAUGAAAAAAGAAUUGGCAAAACCCUGGGACUCAAAAGAUUGAAACUAAAUUAUCAUGAGUAACAUGUUGCAUCCAUGUUGACAUAUAUUGUCAGGCUUUUACCAGAACCUUAUUUAUUUCUUGUUAAUUUGUUCCUUAACUAUUUACAAACUAGCAAAUGAAUAUCAGUGGUUUAUGAUGUUUUUUGUGGAACCUCAUCCUGCAACUACUAACAUUCUGUGAUUAAUUAAGCUGCUCUUUUUUUAUCGAAAUAACGCUUCAUGAACUCUGUGAUUGUAAUUGUGAUAGGUAGAAGGCUUUAAUCCUAGCUUCAUCAUUGCUUGCAUUUAUUUAAGGCAUUGCCAAGGUCACAUUAUUUUUGUAUUAUUUUAAUACAUGCUUUACUGUUCCUGAUGGCACAAUUUCAUCUGCUUUCUUGUGUUCAGAAAUGUAUUAAUUUUUUUGGUGUGUGAUAUUUUGAUUUUGGUCUGCUAACCUGUGGUUAGAUUCAACUCAUCUAUUACCAGAGGACACAAAUUUUUGUAAGUCUAUUGUUCUAAAUGCUGAACACUGUACACCAUACAGGGUCAAGGUGGUCAAGGACCAAAGGCAGUGUUUGUGAUGUUUAUAAUGUGUUUAUGAUCAAAUGAUAACACAGUAUUUUUUCUGAUGUGAUAAGAUUUAACAAAAUACAUAGAAAAAUUAAAGAAUG